AUGGGAUGCUAUAGACAGAAGAAGCAGAACGAGUUCUGGAAUCUGAAACAGAAAGCUGGGACAGUUACGGAGUACGAUAAAGCCUUCAAUCAGCUAUCAAGAUAUGCUCCGAUGCUGGUGGACAUUGAUGAGAAGCGCACAGAAAAAUUCAGAAAUGGAUUACGCCAUGAGAUAGCGAUUUCUUUAGAUAGUGGUAAAGGAAAAAGAAAAUGGAACGAGGGAACUGGUGGAAACCCUGGGAAUGGACAUGGAAAGAAACCAUGGGCGGCAAAUCAAAAUAAAAAUCAGCACCAGAACCAACAGCCGCAAGCUAUAGCUCCACCACCUUGUCCAAAUUGUCGGAAACCCCAUUUAGGGGAAUGCAUGAAAGGAACGAAUGUUUGUUAUUACUGCGGGGAACUUGGGCAUUUUGCUUCAGCAUGCCCAAAGAAAAGAGGAGGAGCACCCCAACAACAAAAUCCCGGAAACCAACAACGACAGAACCAAGGUCCUGGAGGAUACCAAGGACAACCAAGAAAUGCUAGGGCCUAUGCCCUUAACCAGCACCAAGCAGCAGGAGAUCAGGAAAACCUAGCAAGUACGAUUAAUGUUUUCGACGUGUCGAUUAUAGCUUUGUUUGAUACUGGAGCAUCUCACUCUUUCAUUCUACCUACUGCUAGUAAGAAACUAGAAUUGACGUUGCAAUCGUCCGAAACAACUUCAGAAGUUAGGAUAACUGAUGGUGGAAGACUGAAUGCUAAGGACGUUACUAGCGUGUUAUUUCUAUGA